AUGUUUUCGACUUGGUCCUACAUUCUUCUCGUUGUUACUUUUCUGACUUUCCACUCGCUCUCUGCAGUCACUUGUCAACAAUGUUGCCUUCCUCCUCAAUAUUCACAACACGUUCGAUUUCAAUCUACAACUUCUUCCAAUGCAUUAAAAUCGAAUUUCACAACUCUUUAUGUGCAACAUUCUUAUGUGGACACUCUUCAAAAUAGAAUUCGACAAGUUUAUGUUCAGUUUUAUUUCAAUGAAUAUCCACAAUCGAGUUAUAGUGUGAUGAAUUUUUUGUCCUCAGAUCGUUCUGUGAAAUACAUCUAUAAAUGGAAUGCAACUUGUUGUUCAUGUGAAAAAGAACAAAAUGUAGGAAAUGCACCUUUUCAACCCGUGUGUGCGAAAGGCAGCACCUUUCAAACCACCAAUCUUGGCAAAUAUCCACUGGUCAUCUUUUUUGAACAACAACAACAUGAUUCUCCUCAACACUAUUUUUUGAAUCAAAGAUUUGUCACUUCAAAAGUUUCUGGUCCUUCCAAUCAAUGUUGGAUCAUGGAAUACGAUGAGGUUUUGAAUCAUUCGAAUCGAAAAGAACAUAUCCAUAUGAUCUUUUCAGAGCAGAGGGUUGGUGUUUCUGAUGAGAAUGUUUUUGUGUUGGACUCGAAAUGUCCUUCAAAGGAAACUUGUCCAUGGAAGAGAUAA